GCGUUGCCUGCGAGAUAUAACACCAGAACUGAUGGAUGGGUAUUGCGGUUAAUAUAUGAUGGCUUUUCCGAGCCGGGGUUAUCACAUCCGGCUCCCAACUUGCGUCCAUAACGGGGCUGCCGUAAAUCCCAUAUAUCCAGUCUGAGAGCUCUCUCGCAGCCAAUAUGCUCAACUGCGGACGGCGGUAACUUACUCCCCGAGACCAAGAGGCCCAACAAAACAAUUUCUGAGGACUUACAAUGAAGGCAUCCCUAGUUGCGGCACUCUUCGCCGGCACGGCGCUAGCCUCUCCCGUGAUUGCCGCGGACGGUCCCGUGUCAACUCCGUCGCCAACAACACUCCAGGCAGGAGCGUACUGGAUCCGGGCGGUGGCCGCGCCCAACUAUCACAAGUACCUGCAGACGAUCCCGGCGAACGUGCCCGGGACGGCGGUGCUUGAGUCGCACAUGACGGCGGGCCAGUUCAACAUUGUCGACGGGCAACUGGUCAACAAGGUGUCGAACCCGCCGCUGUACAUGUGGGUGCAGGAGCCGGCCGACACGGCCAACCCGCCGCGGACGCUGGCGACGUGGUUCAACACGACCAAGAACCCGUUCGGCACCUUCGCGUGGCAGGGCGACACCCUGACGUGGUCCGUGGCCAGCAUCAGGCGGCAAAACGUGGCCGCCUGGCUGGUUUGCGCCAAGCAGGCCCUGUUCAUCAACACGGGCGCCUACGCGUACCAGACGCCCUCGGGAUGCGCCGAUCAGACGAUACACUAUUAUAACGACAAGACGGCAAACAAUUGAGAGUUGAUUGAGAAUCUGAAGGGAUGUAAUCGUUUGUUUGGGUUUCUCACUUGAUCCUGUCACGAUAUCAUACCUUGUGCGCAUCAAUCACACUACCUCCGGGAUGAGUUUUAAUGACCAUCUCAGCCGGGGUUCAAUGAUGAUAUCGGCGAGACUCUAGUAGGUACUAUGAAGACAUCGACGUGCCUGACUGUCCGUUGAUUGUAUUGCCC